AUGACUGUGGAUUCUAUCCGGGUUCCUGGGGCUACGAGUAGCUCGAUGCUGCAACCUAUGCCGAGUGGGAGUCUUGAGGUGUUGAAAAACAAAGAAUUCAUUGCUAUCUCGCAGGACUCUCUUGGUGAAGCUGUGAGGUAUCUUCCAGAUUUGAGCACUGACAGAAGUACGCAGGUGUGGGCUGGUCCAUUGACCGGUGGGAGGGUCUUGAUAUUGGUUCUCAGUGAGAUGACAGAUGUGACUACUGUAAAGGUUACGUUGUCGAGUGUCCUGGGGCUGUCAUCUGAUCGCUCCUAUGCAGUCCGAGAUAUAUGGGGGGCAAAGAGUCUUGGCCGGGUAAAGGGAAAUUUAUCAUUGGAAGUAGCUACACACCAAACAAGAGCUCUAGUUCUCAGCUAG